AAAACUAUAAUAUAGUUGUUAAAAAUGUCUAAAACAGAAUAUCAUAAUUUGUUAAAAGCUCUGGAUGAUAUGAAUAAGUGUUUAUUAUGUGUAGAAUGCCAUCAGUUUUGCAAAAAUCCGGUGACGCUAAGUAAAUGUUUCCAUUUGAUCUGCUCUGAGCACUUUCCAAAUAUGUCUCAUUGUCCGAAGUGUAAAGUGUCUCUAGAAUGCUGUACAACUUGGUCGAAUGACAAAUUGAAUGUUGCAGUUCACGCCGCCAAGAACUUGUCGGUAAUGUUCGAGCAUUUCAAGGAAAAUAAUUCUUGCGAUUCUGUAGUCUCUAUCGACAAAUCGCUAGACGUAAAUAUGAUUGAUAAGACCACUGAAUCUUUAUCUGACACGCCUUUGUCUAAUGCUAAAGCUCUCAAACGAACCGCUGCCUCAAAACAAGAUACUUUAAAUAAUUCGAUAUUAUCCUUAGCUUCUAAAUCAAGUAAAAUAGUCGAGAAAAGAAACAAGAAAGGUGAAACAGCAUUACACAUCGCCUGUAGAAUGGGAAAAGCUGAUAAAGUAGCCAAACUGCUAAGCGAAGGAGCUAAUACCAAUACUAAAGAUAAUGCCGGCUGGACUCCGCUGCAUGAGGUUGUGCAGAACGGCCGGCAGGACUUGGUUAGGCUUUUACUGAGGCACAAUACGCUAGUUAAUGUGCCAGGACAGGGCAAUGAAACUCCACUGCAUGAAGCAAUUCGGUAUAACCACAUAGAUAUUGCUAAAGAUCUAGUUGCUCAUGGAGCUGAUAUAAAUGCUAGAAACUGUAAAGGAGAGACACCUAUAACCCUUGCUGCUCCUGAGAUGAGAGUUAUUAUACAAGAUGUUGCUGCAAAAAGAAUUAUAACAGAAGACAGUUUUGAUUUUGAACUUAUCCAGAGGCAGAUAAAACUGGAUUGUGAAGAUAUUAGGGUUCACUGUGUGUCACAGUCUCGUGCCAUCACUAAUAAGUUGAGAGCGCUAACGAAACAUCACAGCAACCUCCACGUUGAACCAAAAUUCAGUAAUAAUGUAACGCAUCUUAUAGUCGAUGCUGAAGAUGGCAUCUGUGACUCCAGCCUCGAAGUCCUACAAGGCAUUGUCAACAACCUGUGGAUUUUAACUACAAAAUGGGUGACUGCAUCUACUGAUGAUAACUUAGAAUCCUUAGAAGAGUAUGAAGUACUCGGUGUCGGUACUACUACAUACAGAGGCCCAAAAAACGCUCGGUAUAACAAAUAUAAAUAUCUGCCUGGAAUUUUCAACGGCUGUCACUUUUACUUCCAUAACUUUAAUAAAAAAUUCAAGAUUUCCGAUAAAAUAGAAGUUACUAAAGCUAUAUUAAGUAAGCUGGUUACGGAUGCGGGAGGAGUAGCCCUCAGACGGGCUCCGAACCCAGAGUCAAUACCGGAAGCAGAGAAACUGGUGCCAUACCAUGCUCAGAGAGACGGAAAGCUGUACAUCUGUUCACAUUACAUUAUAUACAAGGACAUGUAUGAGCCACUUUACAACAUGGCUCAUCUGAAGGCACUGCCCAUCGGCUGGCUCAUUGAGUGCAUUGAGAAAUACCAGCUCUGUGAACCUUGGUGAAGAGAAAUUGGCUUUAUUGAU